UUUAAAUAUUUGAGGAUAGUCUUUUGCUUCCAGAAAGUUCUCCACAUUUUUAUUUUUAAAAAACAAAAAACAAAUCGCGGUCUAGAUCACGCCACGUGUUACUAAGAUGACGUGGUAUCCGAGGUGGCACAACGUAAAUCCCCGUAAUUGAUUCUCUCUCUCUGAGUCAACUCGUUCUCUCUUGUUUCUCUCCGUUUCGAGACUCAUCUGAAAAACACGAAUUUGCAGUGAGAGGUGAAACGCAGAUCACUAUAUUGUUUUGGGUUUUGUGUGUGAGUGGUUUAUGGUGAUUUUGGAUUUGGAAGAAUCGUUGCCAUGAAUGGGAAUAUUGUAGGAAAGGUUCCGAUUGGGGAAUGUAAAGCGACUGUAGUUUACAUGUCCGGUUACUUACCAGGAGCUGCGUCGGAGAAAUCCCCGAUUCUCUCCCCUGUUCCCGUGCGUUUAUCGGCGGCUGUUCACGGUGGAGAUUCGUGGAAAGAUGUAUGUGGUGGUGGUUGUGGAUUCGCUAUGGCUAUUUCAGAGAAAGGAAAGCUUAUAACUUGGGGUUCUACUGAUGAUGAAGGACAGAGCUAUGUGGCUUCUGGGAAGCAUGGGGAAACUCCAGAGCCGUUUCCUCUUCCUACGGAGGCUCCAGUCGUUCAGGCUUCUUCAGGAUGGGCACAUUGUGCGGUUGUAACAGAGACUGGUGAAGCAUUUACUUGGGGUUGGAAGGAGUGCAUUCCAUCAAAGGAUCCUGUUGGAAAGCAGCAGAGUGGCUCAAGUGAGCAAGGUGAUAUCGGUUGGGAUAUCUUUGGUUGUAGUGUUGUUAUUUUUUUAUUGUUGAUGGAUAUGGUAACGUUUUCAAUUGUGAUAGUGAGUCCAGCAUCACAAGGUUCAAAUGCGGCUAGUGGUACGACACUACAGAAUGAGAACCAAAAGGUAGGGGAGGAAUCAGUGAAGCGGAGACGGGUUUCAACUGCCAAAGAUGAAACUGAAGGCCAUACAUCUGGAGGCGACUUCUUUGCUACAACACCUUCACUUGUGAGUGUUGGCCUUGGAGUGAGGAUCACCAGUGUUGCUACUGGUGGUCGGCAUACGCUGGCAUUGUCAGAUUUAGGACAGAUUUGGGGUUGGGGAUAUGGAGGCGAAGGUCAACUAGGAUUGGGUUCCCGGAUUAAAAUGGUGUCAUCUCCUCAUCUAAUACCUUGCCUUGAAUCAAUUGGAUCUGGAAAAGAAAGAUCUUUCAUAUUACAUCAAGGAGGAACAACAACCACGUCUGCUCAAGCUUCUAGAGAACCUGGUCAGUACAUCAAGGCCAUUUCAUGUGGAGGUCGUCAUAGCGCAGCAAUUACAGAUGCUGGCGGGUUAAUAACUUUUGGCUGGGGACUCUAUGGACAGUGUGGCCACGGAAACACAAAUGACCAGUUAAGGCCCAUGGCUGUGUCAGAAGUGAAGAGUGUUCGGAUGGAAAGCGUAGCAGCUGGAUUGUGGCACACUAUUUGCAUCUCUAGUGAUGGUAAAGUGUAUGCCUUCGGUGGAAACCAAUUUGGGCAACUGGGAACUGGUACUGAUCAUGCUGAGAUAUUACCGAGGUUGCUGGAUGGCCAGAAUUUGGAGGGCAAACAUGCAAAAGCAGUUAGUUGCGGCGCGCGACAUAGUGCGGUUUUGGCAGUUGUUUUAACGAGAAGAAACUAAAGAGCCCUAGCUUGUGAGAUGCUGCAACUUGUCUUCAGAAGAUGGUCAGUUGCUAUGCUGGGGAUGGAACAAAUAUGGACAGCUGGGUCUAGGGGACACGAAUGACCGGAACAUUCCUACACAAGUCCAGCUGGAUGGCUGCAGACUGAGAAAAGUGGCGUGUGGAUGGUGGCAUACAUUGCUACUAGGAGAUUCACCCACUUGAGUUUUCCCAACCAAUCACCAAAUCCUCAGAUACACAUUUCCGGGUUUUGUCUGUAGGUUUGACGAUGUACAUACAGACAGGCUUUUUGCUGUGUAUGUAUUUCCUUCUUUAACAUUAAUCCGUCUUCAUGUUUUUUACUUAGGGGGAGAGCUUUGACUUUGUAUUGUGUAGCAAAUUGCGGAACAAAGAAUAAAACUGUUUGGUAUGAAAAAAAAAACUUUAGAUUGGUAAUAGUUGCGAAUAUAAAAUUUUCAAGAGUUGUGAGGAUAACUCAUCUACUAGGCUUCUAGUUA